AUGGUUGGGACGUUUGAGGAUAUACUUCCUGGUCUCUACGGAUGGCUACUUAUAGUUGUUUUGAUGGUUUUCAUUUACUUCCUGACAUAUGUAUUCGCUCAAAUGAACUCAUUUUUACCUUGGAGUGGUUCUAACAGGCUGCCAGCUGAAAAGCCGAAACAGACAAUUCAUUCAUCUAACCGUUCACGCAGAACUAUUCGUUCAACUCAACUAUGCCCUGAAGACGAUGAUGAUGAUGAUGAGGAUGGCGCUUUACAAACAGCUGAAACUGAGUCACUUAGAAAAUCAAAGAGAAAUCCUACUGUAUCACGUAGACGUCCAAUUCGUAAGGUGGUAACAACAACACUUCCGACAACAACACUACCUAUACAAUCAGACAAGACUUCCUCCUCCGCUUCGUCUUCUGCUUCUGCUUCUCCUCAGUCGUCUAAUCCAAUCGAAGUGAACACUAAUGCAGUAGUGCUGCAGAGUGAGAAAAACAACAAUAAUUGUCAUCAUGAUGAAGUGACCGUUAGUCACAAGGAGGAAGCAUCGAUUAUUAGUGAACCAUCACCACUGUCUACUCAUCUAGUAGUAGUUCCAAAUGAUUCAAGCACCAACAAUCCAGUUAGUCAACAAUCACAAAAGACAAGCAGUAGUCCUGCCAGAAAAUCGCAUAAAGGAAAGAAGGCAGAACCCACAGAACAAUCAUCACCGCCUAAGGUUAAAUUACCAACACCGCCGUCGUUAUCGUCAUCAUCGGCUGCAGCAGCAGGGAAGUCAUCGUGUAGUACUGAACUAGACAAUCUAAAUAUCUCUGCAUCAACGUCUAUUGGCACUACCUCGGAAGUUGUGGAUGUUGUCAAUAACGGUAAUGAUGGUGAAUGGUUAUGCGCAAAUACAAAAACACUUAGACGUCGACAACGUAAUAAAGACAAUAAGCAACAAUCAGAGAGUAAAAGUGAUGGUAAUAAUGUUGGCAUUAGUGGUGGUGGUGUCGGUGAUGGUGAGAGUCAACUGCUGCAAUCGCAAUCCAAACUGUUAACAGAUCAAAACAAAAUUGACUCUGAUGCUGAAUCGAAAAGCAAUCAACAUCAUCAACCAUCUACUGAAACUACUAAUAUGCCUUCUAAUAUCAAUGAUCUUGAUUCUAGUCAAAAAUCAAUUGGAGACGGUGUUACUUCCCAUCCGAGUACUGUUACUCCAGUGGGUGGUGAACAAUCUUCAAUCGAUCAAUCUGUUACCACCACCACAAGUACAUCAACGUCUAUGCCUAAUCCUAAACGUAAACGUCGUAAUGCAUCGCGUAAAACUCUCGCAAAUCAAGAGUCAAACAGUCAAACUGUACCAUCGAUUGAUUCAACAGCGCCAUUGAUUUCAUCAUCUUCUUCUGCAACAAAAUCCAAUCAAGUUAAACCAGUUGAUGAUGAAGAAAAUGGAUUUGAAUUAAUUGAAAUUCCUAGUGCAUCAUCAUGUCAACCGUCUUCUUCAUCGUCUGCCUCUUCAACUGUAGACUCAGAAUUAGAAAUAAAUCCAUACAAUGAAGAGUUGUCAUUAUCAUCAUCAUCGCCUAUUAUUGACCAGUCACAAUUCCCACCAUUAAUUAAAGCGGAUAAUGGUGAUCCAAUCUCUGUAACAAUGGAACCUGAACUUCUAGAGGGUGGAAGACAUCCACAAGCUAGUAAACUGUUGAAAUUAGCUCUGGGCAGUAGUAGUAGUAGUAAUAAUAAUGAUAAUAAGAGCAAUAAUGAUGGCGAGCAACAGGAUAAUAAUCAAAGACAUUCACCAUCACCACAACCAUCGUAUCUUGAAACCACCACUACCACCACCACCAGUAUGGUCGCCAGCAGUGGUAACAACAAGAGUGGUGUAACAAAACGCUCCAAAAGAAGUUGA